GGGCACGACUCGCUCCCCUUCACUCGCCGCUUGCUUGUCGUGCUGAGCCGCUCCACUCCGGCCCGCCGCUCGCGACUCGAUUCCGACCUCCUCCACCCCCGCCUCCAUGCCCGCCGCGGCUGCGACCCUCGCUGCCGCGCGUUUCCCGGCGACCGAGGCGGCGCCCGGUCUCCGCCGUCGCUACCCCGCUGCGGCGCCCGGUCUCCGCGCCGCCCCUCUCCUCCGCCCCGGCUGCCGCGGCGUUGCGAUGGCGGCCGCCGCCGCGCCAUCCCACGCCGAUCCUCUUCCCAAGGGUGCUGAUUCAUUUUUUCGGACAGUUAUCUCAAACAUGGAAAAAGUUUACGUAAGUAGGAAUCCAACAGCCAAAACCAUUCUGGAGCUUGUUCGUUCUUAUGAUGGGGACCAUAUUUGCUAUGAUCAUUUUGCUUUCCGGACAUUUGGGAUUGAUGGCUAUGGCAUAAAUUCGCUUGCUGAUUUUUUCACUGAUUUUGGUUAUGUACCUCGUGAAGAACUAAGGUUUCCAGCAAAAAAACUAAGAGCAAUAUGGUUUUCCUCUCCCACUAAUGCUUGCUACACUGGAACUGGUAUAUAUGGGCCCUUGCCAAGGAUAUUCAUUUCAGAACUUCUUGUGGAUGAGUUGACUGCACAAAGCCAGGAAAUUAUACAUAAGUACAUUAAAACUUCUGGUGAAGGAAAUAAACAUGCUGCUCUUGCAAGUACAUGUGGGGAGUUGACGUGGGAGAAGCCCAUUUAUACUGACUUCCAUGUUCUGUCUAGGGAAAGUGAAUAUGCUGCAUGGACUCUUGUUAACGGCUAUGCACUAAAUCAUGCCACAAUUGCCACUCAUCGCUUAGAGUCAGAUAUCAGAAGUAUUAAUGAGUUCAACAAAUUUGUGGAGGACAAUGGAUUCAAGUUAAAUUCAGAGGGAGGGAUUUUGAAAGUGAGUCCUGAUGGUCUGCUUCAGCAAAGCUCAACAGUAGCUGAUUCGGCAUUAUUUACUUUUGCUGAUGGAAUCACUGAAUCUAUUCCCCGAUCAUAUAUUGAAUUUGCUGAACGCCUGCUGCUUCCACAGUUCAAAGAUUUGCAAGAUGAAGAGGUGAAGGAACACCACAGGCGUGAUGGUUUUGAGGUAGGCAAUGCAGAUAAGAUAUUCGAGAGCACGUCAAAGGAUCAACUGACACGGAGAUCUGUGUAAACAGUGAACUCUCGAUGAACCAUCCUUGAAGCGACCCAAUGUGCCUCUUGGAAGUGUGUUGGAAGCACGCGUUAUCUAAUAAUUGUAUAUACCUGUGUAAAAUUGAAAAAUAAACUAUUUUCUAAUCUACA